GCCGAGCCGAUCACACUCGACUCACCUCAACUGCCCCAUUGGAAGACGCCUCUACUUCUACCGACCACCGUAUCACCCAAGAACCAUGAAGCUUUCGUACAUCAUCGCUUUCGCCGCCGUGGCCGUCGCCUCGACCGCUAUCCCCACCAAUGCCGCUACGGGCUUGACAACCAGCAACGUCGCUGAGCAUCUGCAGGUCGUCCGCCAACUUGGCGCGGGCGGUGGCCUUCGCGGCUCGAGCCAGCAGGGUGACCAAUCCCAGAACACGCCCAGCACUUCCCAGAACGAUGGCAACACCAGCCAAAACGAUGGCAAGCAGGAAAAACAGGACGAUGGCAAGCAAAAGAGCAACGGCGAUGACAAGAAGAAGGAUGACGACAAGAAGAAGGAGGACAAGGAGAAGAAGGAGAAGGAGAAACAAGAGAAGAAGGAGAAGAAGGAGAAGGAAAAGAAGGAGAAGGAGGAGAAGAAGAAGCAAAAGCAGGAGGAAAAGUCCAAGAAGGACGGUGACAAGUCCAAGAAGGACGGUGACAAGUCUAAGCAGGAUGACGGUGACAAGACGAAGCAGAAUGACGGUGACAAGUCCAAGAAGGACGGUGACAAGUCCAAGAAGGACGAUGGUGGCAAGUCCAAGAAGGACGAUGGUGACAAGUCCAAGAAGGACGAUGACAAGUCCAAGAAGGACGAUGACAAGUCUAAGAAGGACGAUGGUGACAAGUCUAAGAAGGACGAUGGCGACAAGUCCAAGAAGGACGAUGGUGACAAGUCCAAGAAGCAAAAUGACGGUGACAAGUCCAAGAAGGACGGUGAUGACAAGUCGAAGCAGAAUGGCGGUGACAAGUCCAAGAAGGACGAUGGUGACAAGUCCCAAAAGCAGGGCGAGCAAAAGCAGGGCGAGCAGAACCAAUCUCAGAACCAAGGCGAGCAGAACCAAUCUCAGAACCAGAAGCAGGGAGUGUAAAGCACUGCAGGGGGCAAAUUGAGAUUGCUGGCGCUAACCUGAACUCUAAGGUACACAUACAUUAGCUACCCAAGCGACAAUACAAAUUUACAGUCAAUCAAUUUCCAGUCGUA